UCAACCAUCUCACAGCUAGCUCACUCCACUCACUGGUCACUAAGCUCAAGAAGGAAGAACACCGGCCCAUCACCAAAUACUCUCCUUCUAGCCGUAACCUGUAAGCUAUGGACAUGGGUCUCGAGGUCACCAGCUCCCCCUCGUCCUCGUCCGUGUCAUCCUCGCCCGAGCACGCGGCAGGGCGGGCGUCGGCCGCGAAGCGGCCCGCGGGGCGCACCAAGUUCCGGGAGACGCGGCACCCGGUGUACCGCGGCGUGCGGCGCCGGGGCGGCGCCGGCCGGUGGGUCUGCGAGGUGCGCGUGCCCGGGAAGCGCGGCGCGCGACUCUGGCUCGGGACGUACGCCACCGCCGAGGCCGCCGCGCGCGCGAACGACGCCGCCAUGCUCGCGCUCGGCUGCCGCUCCGCUGCCACGUGCCUCAACUUCGCGGACUCCGCGUGGCUGCUCGUCGUGCCGUCCCACCUCUCCGACCUGGCCGACAUCCGCGCCGCGGCCGUCGAGAGCGUCGCGGAAUUCCAGCGGCGGCAGACCACCAACUCUAUCCCCUCCACCGUCACCGAGGAGGUCAGCUCUAGCGCUCCGGCACAAUCAUCGUCUGGGUCCGAUAAUGCCGGUUCGUCGGAGACGUCGGAAGUUUCCGCUGAUGGACAGCUCGCGGUGCCGGUGGCAAUGUACAGCGAUCUGUUCAGGCUUGACCUGCUGCCAGAAACCGACUUGGGCGCGUACUACAUGAGCCUUGCGGAGGCGCUGCUCAGAGCAUCUCCAGUGGCGUCCCCCAAACCGUCCACCAAACCGCGCCGGAUUGAGCGUUUGAGGAACAUGUGUUUUGUUCGUGCCGUCUUUGGGGGACGUCGCUCCCCAGCCGCGUCCCCCAAACGCCGCCUCCAAAUGAAUAUUGGUGCACGAAAAUAA